AUGGAAGUCGACUUGUCAGAAUACAUUCCCUCAAUUAAAAGAAUCCUUUUAAAUUCAGAUCCCUUAGAAAUUACCGCGAGGGACGUACGCCUGAAGUUAGAACAGAAAUACAAAGUAGAUCUAACCUCGCGAAAGCAUGAAGUUCAAGAAUUAAUUGAAGAAUGUUUUGAUGAUUUAGAUAUGGGUGUAGAAGAAGAUGUGGUUGAUAGUGAACAUGAAACGAUAACAAAAAAACAAAAGAAAGAAGAGAAAAAACGAAAAUCAACCACAAAAACGACCGAAAAGAAAAAAGGUCGCCCUCCGAAAGUAUCAGUAAAGAAUAAUCACGUUACGGACGAAUCAUCCCUGGAGGAUGAAAAAAAAUCCACAAGGAAAACGAGAGGUAGGAAACCCAAGAAUUCACAAGUGAAUCAAGCGGGGAAUUCAGUAACAGGUAUUCACAAACCCUUGAUCCUAAGUCCUGUAUUAUCCGAAUUUCUCAACGAAGAGGAGUUAUCACGAUUAGAAGUUGUUAAAAGGUUAUGGGUAUAUAUAAAAGAACAUAAAUUACAAGAUCCUGCGGACAAACGAUAUAUUGUUUGUGAUGAAAAAUUAAUGGGUAUAUUUAAACAUGAUCGUAUUCAUAGUUUUACCAUGAAUAAAUAUCUAACGGAACAUCUAAAAAAGAAGGAGGAUCUAAUGAACGGAUUUAAUGGAAUGAAUAAUGAUGACAUUAAUCAUGCUACCCAUAAUAACAGUUCAAGUAGUGCAGAGCACGAUGAACUUAAUGAUGAUGAAAUUAAAGUUGAGGAAGGAACCUAUGAUAUGGAUCAAGACGAUCGAGAAGAAGGUGAAAUAUAUAAUGGGAAGAAGAAGAAAGAAAUCAAAAAGGAAAUUAAAAAUGAAAUUAAAGAAGAAGUAAUGAUUAAAGAAGAAAUAAUGAUUAAAGAAGAAGUAAUGAUUAAAGAAGAAGUAAUGAUUAAAGAGGAAGUAAUGAUUAAAGAAGAAGCAAUGAUUAAAGAGGAAGUAAUGAUUAAAGAAGAAUUAGGCCAAGAAGAUAUGAUGGAGGGACCGGAAGAAGAACAAGAGGAGGGCCCUGAUGAGAUUCAAGAGGAAGGACCGGAGGAUAUUAAUGAAGAUGGCGGUGGAGAUGGACAAGAUUGGGAUGAUAACGAUUUAUUUGGUGACGAUGAUGCGGAAUGGACGAAAGAAGGAGAGGAAUAG